AUGCCUUCGACAGCGACAUCAUCGCAGCCACCACUCAGCCUUGGUCUGCUCUGCAUCUACAAGCAGUACAAGGCCGACACUGAGACGAUUGCAGGCUGGCUCAAGGCAAACGCAGUCAAACACGGCUACAAGUUUGACGGUCAAGAUGGAACAGCCAUACGUACCUCAGACUUUGUUCCCAUGGCCCAGCAGAUUGUUGCAAAUGUGAAGCAGGGUGGGUUCACUCUGCACCCAGCCAUUCAUCUCGCAUUUCGUCGAGCUAUUGUUGCUCGUAACGAGUGUACUGCUUGGUACGAGGAAAACACCGAGGGCCAGUGGGAAAACAACCAAAGCCAUGCCUACUUUACCAACCUCUUGUUGACUUGCUGGGAUAUUCUCCUCCGUGCCUCCACCAACAGGCCGAAGCCUCAUCCGAGGAAGCCUCUCCCAUUCCGCAAGGAAAAGACAACUCAAGAUGAGACUGCAACUGCUAGAGACAAAGCUUUCGUCCCGUCCAAUCGUUUUGCCGCCCUUUACGUUGAUGCAGGUGGCGAUGAUGGCAGCGAGCUGGACGCAGCAGAUAUCCAAAGCUCUUCGUUGACUGGCUGGCCUUUACAAGGAAAGAAAUCCAAAUCCUCGCACAUGGCACCACCCGCCACUAUCAUCCCAGAUGAAACUCAAAUCGAGGAGGAAUUCUGGUUUGCCAUACAGUCGUUCCUUCAAGAGCAACAAAAGGUCCGAGAAGAGGUGAAGCGCUACUGGCAAGAUUACAAAGGUACCGAGAGCCACCUUAUCAUGGCCACUUUUGGAACUCGCAUGGCCAUCGACCUCAUCCGCCGAUCAGAGAUCGAGCUGGGUCUGCAAGUGAAGCGCCCCAAGAGGUUUCCCGAACACAAGUAUCCGGUCCGCACAUUUCCUGCCCUGCUUGUUGGCGCGCAGCAGCGUUGCAAGGGCUCUCCAACCAACCUUGACGAUCUUGUCGAUGCACCUCUUGACCGAUUUGUUGUGAUUUCGGGCCCUCAGAAUGAGCUCACGCUUUACAAUACCUAUGCAACCCUCAAGGCCUGGUGCUUCUUCAUGGAUCAUGAGGAUGGUUUCGAGAUUAGCAUGGAGUUUGUUUUGAACAGCGAAAUCAGGCGAUUGGCCAACAAGAUCCUCCGUUUCGGCUCGAUCGUAGAGGAACGACCACCAUACGAGGACGACAUAACCAGAGGUGUGAGGGAGGCUUUACAGAGCGGAAAGGUCCCAAUCUGGACCACAUUUGCCCUCACAGUCUUGCUCGACAUGGAAGACAUCCUUCACAACUGUCUAUUCAUACCUUGGAAAGAUGCUUCCGAACACGUCUCAAAGCUAUUUAGCACCCCUCCAUCCCACUGGCAUCAUCAAUCCGACUGUCGUCACCUCCCUUUGCUUAACGGACCCGUCUAUGAGGACUCGCCCAAGGAGCCUCGCGUUAAGCACAAAACGACUCCUGCAAGCAAGGCCACAAGCAUGCUGGAUAAGGUCAGAUCCACAGAGGGUCCGCGAAAGAAAGGCAUGAUGAAGAAGAGGCUGCCAAAGAAGAAGCUUUUGAAGGAAGACCAGGCAGAGGAGACCAGUUCGUGUGAUGCCUAUCUAAGAUGUGGUUACGACCGGUACGAAGGAGAUGUCUUUGUGGCUCUCAAAUGGGUUCUCCAAGCGACUGCUGGAUGCCAAUGUGGAUCAGACUGCUGUAAUGCACCUGAUUUUGACUUACUCAAGAUGAAUCCUCUUCACUGCGGUAUGAUCAAGUAUGAUAUUUACCGAUCGCGCCAGUCGAGUGCGCUGCACCAAAAUACUGACGACAACCGUGACAUCUGGACUAUGAUGUACAUCUAUGCUGCUGGUCGAUCGGUCUUCCCAGACUCACUCGCGUGGCCCGAUAUGGAGUUCUUGCUCUAUCAGCAGGACGAAAAGUAUGUCUUCUUCGGAGGACGACCGACCGAUCUCCAGUGGGCAGCCCGGAAAUGGCUAUUGGCCUUGGGAAACUCUUCUGCUGGUUACUCCUACAGAGAUUUGGGUCACAUACAGUGCUGUACCUUUCGUUCCUUUAUCAACUACAAGCGGUGGCGGCCUUUGAGAGACAACAGUGUCUUGGGCACUUUCAUUUCAUCCAGAAUGAAUUGUUGCGAUGUUCAUCGAGCAGCUGCACACGACAAUUUCAUGGAAAUGGUCAGGACCAUGCACAGCCAAGACGCUCUGAAUCGCCUUGCACGCAUGCUUGACAUGGGUGAGGAUCAGACCAAGGCAUUCGUGGCGACUUGGACUAGCCGGCUGCAAAGCUGGACACUACAGGACAUCCUUGAACUGACACAGAUGUAUCUCGCCGUCGACCUUGCAGAUGUCGGGUUCGAUUGGGCAGCACUGGAUUCUACCUGCUCAGAGAUGUGGAAGGAAGCUUACCCUCUGCUUCGGAUUAAGCACUCCGAUGCUCGAGAUGAUGAGGACUACCUCUGUUCUCACGAGGACUGUGAUGUGGGUAGCCAGCCGUCAACCUGGACUACGGUGAUUCUCAGCCAGGCUGCUGAGGUCGAGAUAAAUCUCCCAUCCAAGAAAAAGAGGGAUCUCACUGUGUUUGCUGAGGAGCUCCAAAAGGGAAGCCCUGCCUUCAUGAAGCUGUGGUCGCUCAUCCAGGAGCACUGUCGCAAGAGGGUCAAUGCUUCCCUUGGCAGUGGUAUCUUCUCCAGCUUCGCUGCCGAGCAGGGCCUCAUCAAGCUCUUGGAUACGAGGAGAGAGACCCCCUAUCCAGCCAGGAUUGUGGCGCCUCACGUCCAUAAAUGCUUCAAGGGAUACCCGGAGGAACUUGUCAAGCAGAGCAGCUCGAUGAUCCUUGCCGAGAAGAUUCUGGCGAGUGAUCCUGGUACGCUUGGUGGUCUCAAGAAGACUGGUUCGGACACAUCCAAGAAGACCAAGCAGAAUCUGUGA